AUGCCGGUCCCUCGGGCUCCGGCUCCGGGCAUCCUUGGGCCCCGCCCGGCGGGUCACCAGGCCCUCUUCGCCGCGCCGAACGCCGCUCCCUACAACGGCUAUGGUACCGCGCCCCCGCCGGCGCCCGCCUACGGGUCCGCGCCGGCCUAUGGCUCCGCCGCCGCGCCGGCCUAUGGGACCACGCCCUCCUACGGCGCCGCCGCUGCUCCGGCCUUCGGGGCUGCUCCCGCGCCGGCCUACGGAGGGUUCUACCCUCCUCAGGCGCCGCCGCCGUGGGACCCGGCCUUGCUCGCCGCACUGCACUCCGCCCCGUCACCGAGCUCCUAUGGUGGCGGUGGUGACUGGUACAUGGACUCGGGCGCCACUGCUCACAUGACUGCUCAUCCCGGACGCCCGUACACGGAUGGUGCUCCACCGAUGUGA